AAUAUUCAUUAAAUAAUAAACAACAUGACAGAUUAUGUGGGAGAACCUGCUUUUAUUGUUGGAAAAAUUGAUAAAAAUGUUAACCUAUCCUUUCCACCAACUUCCGGAGAAGAAUAUAUCAAAAGAGUAGUGAUAGAAGCACAAAAAUGCGAUGAUAUUGUAGUAGCCGAUAUUGAUCGGAAACGUUUUAAAAAUCCUACAAUUGAUGUUGAACCUUUAUCAGGCUGUGUGGAGGCACCACCAUGGCUUGGCCCUACGCUUGAUUGGCAAUUAUACCAAGUAUCAGACUUUUCCAAUAUCAGAUUAUAUAUAAGUCAGUUGAAGAACGAAAUUCAAACAUUGAAACGUAAAUGGGAACCUCCAAAGAUUGAUAUGCCACAAAUAGACGACGAAAAAGGUUGGAUCAACUCCUUAUCAGGUAAUGACAAAGAGACAAUAAGGAUUAUUCCAACAUUGGAUAUCAUCUUUUGUUUAAAUCAACCUAUGGUGGAACAAAUAUUAGAAUAUUUAGUGGAAUAUAUUGAGACAUUGGAUAAGAUAGAAUAUGAACUUGGGCAAUGGAUUUAUGCAUUGUUGGUUGUUCUGGAAAUGCCAUUAACUCCAGAUACUUGUUCUUGUUUGCGCUCUUUGGCUAGAGUAUGUUCAAUCAUGCGUGCAAAAUCGAUGAAAUUGGAAGUACAUGAAAUAGGGACACUGAAUUUAUUUAUAUGUCUUGUCGCAAGAUAUUUCCGUCAGUUGGAUUUGGCUGAUUCUUGAGAGCACCUGUCUUUUAUUAAGUGCAAUUACAAUUAUUAUACUUUAUGUGUUUUAAUAAAACCAACCUUUUAA